AUGCCCCCCUCCAUACUUCAGCUUAUUCGAGUCAUUCAAUAUAUUUCUUUAACUUCCUUAAUUUAUAGCUUAUCAUCAUCUGCGGAAGAUACGACUUUAGUCUGUUCAUCUACCGAUGCAACAGACUGUUAUCCCCGGAUUUUCCAAGCAACAAAGGACUUCCAAGAUAUCAGAGAAGGUCAAGAUAUACCCCCUGGUCUUCAUGUACGAUUGAACAUCUAUGAUGGAAAAAGAGAGGCGCGUUUAAAUAUCCCAAUGGAGGGCGAGAAUGGUGAGGUUCAAAUUUCGGAUGAAAGUCCAGCACAAAAUUCAAUAAUAACUAUCCCUACACCGGAAAAAGAAGCGCCAAUUCAAGAAACAAUGCCAAUUAAACACGAGCAGAAGCCCCCCGCUUAUAGACCCGAAGGGAAAGUUCCAAUACCAAAUCCUACCGAUGCAGAAACUUUUCAGUCUUCUUUACAGUCUAUCAAAAAUAAUGACCAGUCUCUUGAUCAAGCGCUUGAUAAUUUAUCUGACCUAUCGCAUGAUAUUUACUUUGGCAUGGAAAUAAUCAAAGAUGCUUCUGCCCUUCAAAACCUUGUUUGUAUGGCAUUCUGGCAUGAGGCAAAAAACAAUUCUACCUCAUUUAAGAUUAUGGGACGCAAAGCUGCCAUUAUAAUUGGAUCAGCGCUCCACAACAAUCCUGGUGCAAUGAAGGAACUUGAGCCAAAGAAAAAUAUCGUCAUGUAUCCUUCUUGUGUAGCACAAUCUGAGACUACUAACGACAUAAAAAACGAACAAUUUGUAGUAGCUUUCGGCAGAAGCUUAAAGCAGGAACAAGAUCCCAUCAUACUAAAGACUAAGAUUGUUACCCUAAGUAGACUUUUAAAGGAACCCUCGAUCAGAGGUAUCUUUCUUAAAGAAGAAGGAAUGAAGCUUCUUCUCUCAAUUUUCACGAGCGACAAUGAUGGCUUUAACAUUGUGCGAAGAAAGAUUAGUGAGCUUGUCAUGGACAAUUUUUUGGAUGAGGAAUCAGGAGCUGAUAUCACCGUUUGGCCAAAAUCAAGACGUAGUCCUAAGAAUAGAUGUAUGAACAAGGAGAAUAAUUUAGAGGAUGGAUGUUGGGAACAUCAUAUUGAAAAAUUAUCUGCUAUCUCGCCCAAAGAAAAAUGGCUUAAGGAAUUUUUAUCCGCCCUAAAAGACCAGAGGUCGAAAAAAAAAACUAAAACGGAAUUAUGA